CUGGUAUAAGAGUCAUACAGGAGGAGGCAGCAACGCAUCGGACGUCGGCUACCAGAAGACCACAAAGAAGAAAAAGAAGAAGCAGCAGAAGAAGAAGAAGAAGAAGAAGCAGCAGCAGAAGAAGCAGGUGGCGGCGAUGCACUCUUCAAUAAUAAAAGUUGGUUCGCGGCUGGAGGCCUGUGCCCUUGAUGAGACACUGUUUACCUGUCCGCUUUGUCCAAAGUUAAAGACAUCUGCCAAAAAGAUGAAUGGACACAUGGAAGGCCACAUAAACAUGGCAGUACAUUUUAAAGAUAAAAUUCUUUGCAGAUGUAACCUGCCAUGCAGACGCUUGCCACAUUACCACUGCCCGUACUGUUUAAGGACCAUCAUAAAAAUGAAAGAUGCAGAAAUUCAUGUAAAGGCCUGUUACUCCAAGACCACUUCACUUUCACCAUCAAUUGGGCUGUUACCUUUAUCCCAGCCACCAGUCAUGACACAAAUAAUGUUGUUACAAGACCAUAAUUACGCCCUGGAAAAGGAACAUUGUAUGCCCACUGCAGACACACUGCUGUCGCCAACCGUGCCCGAUGCCGUGACCCUGGAGCCGCCGGCCGUGACCCUGGAGCCGCCGUCUGUGCCUGAUGCAGAGAUGCUCACACCGUCGCGUUCUGUAGCUAUAGAUCCUGAGUGCCCACAGUCCCUGGUUUCGCAGAAUGUUUUCCCCGUGAUGCAAGACCACGACUACUUGCAAAACUCUACAUUGAUGUCUGAAAACAGUUCAGUUUCCCCUGAAGCACUGGAUUUACGAUCAUCACGUGUGAAAUACUUGAAGGUGGUUAAGUGCCCACACUGUGCACUUGUACUCUAUAAGAAGAACUUGGCCACACACAUUCAGAGAAAACACAAAAAAACAAAAGACAAUACUGCUACCUACCAUCUCAAAUGUGUAUGUGUUGAUGAAACUCAUGGGGAAUAUGCUGUCCAAAAAGAAGACUGUCAAAGCUUCUCUGUGCCUGUUCAUGUCCAGCAUAAGACUGACACCAAGCGUGAAGCUGUGGAGUGCGGUCAGAGUCAGCUGCUUGCACUAAAAGGUGGUCUUUCCAGUUUGUGUGAACACAUCCAAUCACUGGACAGUUGUGCAAACACUGCUACAGAUAAUUUCCUUAAAGCUGAAGUUCUUGAGGAGAUGUUGGCAUUUAGGGAGAUUUUGAAUUCUCAUUUAAGACCAUUAAAAGACCUUGUCAAAUGAGACUUGCAUCUGUCACAUUGUAUGUGUUUGUCACAAUUGUCUGUCCUAGUUCAUGUAUAUAAUGUUCUCUGUUUUCUAUGGCUGUACAAUUUCAGUUGAGCAGUGAAUUGGAUGUGUCAAAUAAAAACAGCACCGAUCAGUCAAAACUUAUAUUUAUGAAGCUCAAAGUUUAAUUUAGUUAUGAGACACAGUUUAAUACAAACUUAUCAAUUCUUGAUUGAAGGCAGCAAAGAUGAAAAUUUUUUUUAUUUA